AUGAUGAUCCCAACAUAUUUCUAUACUGUCCUCGUAUUCAUCAAAAUCUUGGCCGGUUCAGCUUCAUCCAUCGCUGAUCGAGCGACGGCACAAACUGUUCUCAUUCGUCCUGGCAUUAGCUAUGAAUAUAUUCAUAUCAAUGCGACAAACGAUAAGCCAACUAUAUUAUUUCUUCAUGGUUUUCCUUCAUCACUUCAUUCCUGGCGUCACCAAACGAAAUAUUUUUCUGAACAAGGCUAUGGAUGUCUCGUACCCAACUUAAUGGGCUAUGGUAGAAGUUAUUCACCAUUAAAUCGAAAUGAAUAUACAAGUAAAACGAUAACUGAUCAUCUCAUUAUUCUACUUGACCGUGUGGGCUUGGGUAAAUCAAGCGUAUUUGUUAUUGGACAUGAUUGGGGAGCGCGAACAGCAAGUCGAUUCGUUCUCUAUCAUCCUGAACGAACGAUCGGUGCUGCACUUCUAAGUGUUGCCUACAGUCCACCUUUCCGAUUUAAUUUGAACGCGGCCCUUCAACAAUCGCUGACAGAUUACGGUUAUGAAAGUAUUGGAUACUGGACGUUCUUCGCAGCUGAUGAUGCAGCAAGAAUAAUAGAAAGAAAUGUAGACAGCUUUAUCGAUCUUCUGUUUGCUGCAAAUGCAACACUUGCAAGGACAGAUGUUGCACCAGUUGGUAAAAUACGAGCAUGGCUAAAUAAUAACACACGAACAGAUCGAGCUACGUAUAUGACAAAAGAAGAUUAUGGUACACUUCGUGAAUAUCUUGCUAGUGGAAUGCAACCGAAACUGAAUUGGUUCCAUGUAGUAAUCGAUAAUCUCGACUGGGAUUACGAGAAAACGUUUAAUGCGACAGUGCGACGGCCAGUGCUUUACAUUGGAGGUCGCAGAGAUUAUAUCGGAAUUAUUGGAGCUGCGGAACGACAAAAUGCCUAUGUAAAAGAUUUGAAAAUAGUCGAAGUAGACACUGGACAUUGGGUGAUGGAAGAGAAGCCGAACGAAGUUAAUCGGGAGAUUCAUCAGUGGAUCAAAACAGUUAUGUCAAAUAACUCUCCUACUAUCACUUUUCUUUGGAAGUCCUACCUUUAUUUAUUUAUUCUGUUUCUUUUUCUGACCAUAUAA